AUUAAUGCUAAACUAAGGUUUGGUGGGGUGCGCCCGGCCAAGGCAAUAGUGCAAGACCAUGGCAACGCUUGAAAGCCCAACACAGCAAGCUGGCUUUGAUGGGCUUUCCCCCUAAACAAAUAAAGUUAAUAUCGAGUGGGCCAAUGGCCCACAUAUCAGAUAUUAAACUGAUAAGAACAGAUACUACACUUGAUCUUAGCCAAAAGGCCGAGAAAGAAUUAAUCACAAAUGAUUUAAUGUAUCAAAAGUUAAAUAAACUAAAAAAGUAGAUUUUCAAACUAACGCUAAACGCGUCGAAAAUAACUUUAUCCGGUCUUAGAAAUUGUCACCAAAUUUGAAUGCAGUUUUUGGGCUGACAUAAAGAGACGAGAAUGGAAAUUGGGCCGUGAAGAAAUAUUUAAAUGAAAUUUGGUGGGGUGCGCCGGGCCAAGGCAACAGUGCAACACCAUGGCGACGCUUUAAGGCCCAAGACAGCAAGCUGGCUUUGAUGGGCCUUACCCCAUAAAAAAUAAAGUUAAUAUCGAGUGGGCCAAUGGCCCACAUAUCAGAUAUUAAACUGAUAAGAACAGAUACUACACUUGAUCUUAGCCAAAAGGCCGAGAAAGCUAUUGGGCUGACGUUAAGGUCUUCCAUGGCUUUGAGAGGCGUGAGGAAUAGGCACUGGGGAUUGCCAGUUUUAUCAGUCAUCAGGCACAAAGGCUUUGGAGAAUCUCCUACUUCUGAAUGGUAUGGCCAUGCCUUCUCCAAGCUGUCAAGUUUGUCCAGCUUACUGAAGAAUGUGGAUUUGGUUAAUGGAAGGCUUGUCAAUGUCACCGAUAACUCGAGAGUUCAAGAUGACAUUUUGCUCGAAACCAUGACCCAUUUCAAGUCUCUAGCUAGAGACUUCAUUGGAGGUCCUUUGGUUCAAGACUCCAUGAGGAAGAAUAUGGUGAAGAUGGAUUUCGGGAGCAGCAAUCCAGGAGGCAACCGUCUUCCUUGCUUUAACAAAGCCAGCGAGAGGGAACCGAUGACUGUGAAUUCCCUUACAAAGGUUUCCAGUUUCUUGAAUGUUACUGCUCAACAGAGGAAGGUAGUCAGGGCAACGGUCUGCCCACGGGUAACCGAACAUCAGGUUUGGACGGGCGCGCUUGAAUUGAUACUGGGUGAACUGAAAUCCGAGAUAGAGCAUUUGGAAUCUAGGUUCCCAAGUAAAGAAGUAAAAAUGGGAAAGCAAAUAGUCGCGGGCUGUCUCAAGGUUUUGGGCAUUGCAGUUUCUUACAACCCGGAUUCCAGUUCGUGGAUGCGAGUUGCACCAGCAAAAGGCAAAGUUUCACCACCACCUACUCCUCACAAAUGGGAGGACAUUCUUGAAAUGGUCAUCGAUGUUGUCGACUGCUUGAGAGAAGUGACAGAGUUGUCGUUAGAGGUUAAGAAGGCAGAGGUCAUGAAAGAGGGUCUGUACCAGAUAAGGGAAAUCCGGAUAGACAAAAACAUUGGGUACAGGGAGAAUUGCCAUCAAGAAAGCCUGGUGAAGAAGAUAUUAACCAAGAGAUUGGGCCACUCGUCUCCGUGUUUAUUUACACUUCUCACGUACUAUCUCUACGGCAGCAUCAGAGAUAUUGAAGUGGAUGUUCGCGGCGGGGUUUGUGCCAUUGGUCGCGGGGAUAGGUUCCGCUUGUGCAUGGGAAAGAUAUUGACAUCAGAUGAAGAGGAGAUGGUAUGGAGAGGGGUGAAGCAGCUGGAUAGGGCCAUGGGGUUGUUUAAGUUCAUUUGGGAAACAGCAGGAAUGAAAGGAGAUCUUGUACUCCAAGGCCAUCUAUGGUGCAUUGGCACCCAUAGUAGAUCACUCACAUAUCGAGGGAAUACAUUCUUCUUGCACGGGAUCGAUCGUUUUCAUUAAGAUUUUCUUCUACGAAGAACAUUCCAAACGCUUUUGAGCUUUUGCGAGAAACUCAGCCUGAUGCAUCGUGACAACACAAGCACGACCCAUUGAGCCCCAAGAAAUGUUUACCUUAAAC